GAAAUAUACUAUUGCUGGGGCAUUCAAAGGACAAGAAUGUUCACCGGGACGAUUUCAGCCUAUAUGGUUCUGGUCUAAUAAAGACACUGAUUGUAUACUUUUAAAGAAUAACUGUAAUGAACUUGGCCAAAUCAUGCACGACAACAAAUCCACAGAAAAUGACUCUCUUUGUCGAUGUGAUUACUCCAAAGGAUUUUCCUUUGUAUCUGAGCCACGAAAUAGAUGUUUCUGUAAUACAUCAGAGGAAGAUUGCUCUUGUUAUAAAAGAUCAUGUCCAAAGAACAGUAAAUUAUCUGUAGACUACGAAUGUAUAUCAAUACAUGUAUCAGAUGUGAAUUAUAGCUGCCAACAAUCAUAUAAUGGCGAAAAAAGUGUUUCCGACAUUGAACUGCCUUUUGUUCAGAAAGUUUAUCAACAGAAUGAAUCGUGGUCCAGAUCAGGUAGAACAGUUAUAAGUUACGUUUCCAUAUCAGGUUGUAACAUAAAUGAAGCAAUCUUACAGAUUUGUAAAGGAUAUCCAAUCAAUGAUCCUGACCAUAGUGAUGUUAAAGCACUUUUCAUGAAAGCUUGCGAGAAAGGGAACAUAUCAAAAGUAAAAUACCUUAUUAAGGAGGGUUAUGACAUUAACAUUACUGAUGAUGAGGGGCGAACCCCGUUGCACUGGUCUUGCUUACGCGUUAACAUUGACAUGAUAAACUUUCUAAUGGAAACAACAUGUGAUAUAAAUACACCUGACAAACUCGGACUGACGCCUCUUAUGUUAGCUUGUAGCCGUGGACACAUCCCUUCCAUUACACGUCUUAUUGAAAAGGGAGCCGACAUUAACAUCGGGGAUAACGAAGGAAAGACGCCACUGUAUGAGGCUUGUCGAAAAAAUAGAGUUGACAUUGUAAACUUACUGCUAGAAUUAGCAUGUGAUAUUAACACCAAUGACAAUAGUGGAAUGACACCUUUAAUGCAAGCUUGUGCUGACAAUUAUCUGACCAUAGUAGAAAUUCUAAUCACAAAAGGUGCUGAAAUGAAUACUGCCGAUAAUAAUGGCAAUACGGCAUUCCUUUUAUCCUGUACUUAUAAAUUCCUUGAUAUAGUACACUUAUUGAUUGAUAAAGGAUAUGAUAUCAAUAUGAUUGACCAUAAUAAGGUAAAAAGACUUUUUAUGGACGCUUGUGCUGCAGAUCAUCAUCCAUUAGUAAAGUGUCUUAUCGAUAAGGACUUCGACAUUAACAGCACAGAUGAGAAAGGACAAACUCCACUACAUAUUGCUUGUUUCAAAGGCCACAUUGAAAUAGUAGAAAUACUGACAGUUGAUAUAAUAAACGUUCUGAUAGAUAAAAAAUGUGAUAUAAAUAAAACUGACAAAUAUGGACGCACACCGCUUAUGCGGGCAUGUAGAAAAGGACAUAUCUCUACAGUAUCACACCUUUUAGAAAAGGGUGCACACAUAAACUGCAAGGACGAAGAAGGAAAAACGCCACUGUUUCAUUCAUGCUUUCGAAAUAACAUUAACACUGUAAAUUUUCUGCUUAAAAACGCAUGUGAUUUUCAAAUCCCUGACAAAAAUGGGAUGACUCCUCUUAUGAAAGCUUGUGCUGAAGGAAGUCUGUCCAUAGUAAAAUGUCUGAUUGCAAAAGGCGCUGAUAUUGAUGUUAAAGAUAACGAAGAAAAUACAGCAUUCCUUUUUUCCUGUAUACAUGAAAACCUUGAUAUAGUAAACUUCCUGAUAGAUGAAGGAUGUGACAUCACAAGAAUAGACCUUCAAAUUGCAAACAGACUUUUUAGAAGUUCUUGUGCUGCAGAUCAUCUGCCAUUAAUAAGAAGUCUAAUUGAUAAGGUCUCCGACAUUAACAGCACAAAUGAGGAAGGACAAACUCCACUAUAUAAUGCUUGUUUCAAAGGCCGCAUUGAGAUAGUAGAAAUACUAACAGAUAAAAAAUGCGAUCUAAAUAAGACUGAAAAUACCGGACAAACAGCACUAGUGGUUGCUUGUAGUAAAGGACAUUUCUCUAUUGUUCAGUUACUUGUAAAUGAAGGGGCAGAUAUUAAUAUUACUGAUAAUGAAGAGAAAUCACCAUUGCAUUGGUCUUGCGUGCUUGGAAGCAUUGAUAUAAUAAACGUUCUGAUAGAUAAAAAAUGUGAUAUAAAUAAAACUAACAAAAAUGGGUGUACACCUCUUAUGUUGGCAUGCGAACAAGGUCAUAUCUAUACAGUUAAACGUCUUAUCGAAUCGGGUGCCGUCAUAAACCAAACCGAUACAAAUGGGAAAACGCCAUUGUAUGUGGCAUCUAAUGGAAACAACAUUCACAUAGUAAACUUACUGUUAAAAAAUGGAUGUGAUAUUGAUAUUCCUGACAAUAAGGGAACAACACCUCUGAUGGCGGCUUGUUUUAGAGGACAUCUGUCUAUAGUAAAACGUCUCCAUCGUAAUGAGAACACUAGCAUAACCGAUAAUGAAGGACUAACGCCAUUGUUCUUGUCAUGUUGUGGUGAUCAUAUAGCCAUAAUAAACUUCUUGAUACUUAAAGGAUUCGAUAUCAAUAAACUUAACAAUAAGGGGCAGUCACCUCUUAUGGAAGUUUGUUGUCAAGGCUAUUUUUCUACUGCAAAACUGCUGAUUAAGAGGGGUGCUGAUAUUAACAUUGCCGAUAAUGAUGGUCGAACGGUAUUCAAUUGGUCCUGUGCCGGUGGAAGCAUCGAGAUAGUCAAAUUACUAAUCAAUAAAGGAUGUGACUUUAAUAUACUUGACAAUUUUGAUAGAACACCGCUUUUCAUAGCAUGUAUUUCUAAACAUGGCUCUAUAGUUAAACUUCUUACAAAAAAAGGAGCCUAUUUCAAUAACAGUGACAGUGAGGGUAAAACGCCGUUAUGUAGUUAUAACAUUGAAAUAGAAAAAUUUCUCAUGGAUAACAAAUGUUUAGACGGAACCGACAUCCAGGUGGAAUAUUUUGAUUUGGGGGGAGGGACUCUUCGCCCCGGUAAUAAAUGUGUUCAAAAGCAACAAUAUAUGCAUAUUAUUGAAGAAUAUAUGCCACAUUCGGUUUUUCUUCAGGUUGGAGGCAACGAUUUGUCGUCUGAAAAUGAGCCCAUGAAAUUAGCAAGAGAUAUCAGUGUUUUUGCCGAUUACAUAAUAAAUUGCUAUCAUGUUAACCACGUGGUUAUUGGUCAACUUCUCCCGAGCAAAAUGCCAAAGCAGAAGAGCCGAACAAGAAGAAAGGCUGCUCCACAAAAUCUUGAAGAUGUUCAAAAUUUAGUGGAGGAACAAAGUGAGAUACCACCACUAUACAGGCCACCAGUGCGGAGACGCAAUACAAGACGAGGAGUUCCUGAAACAAUUACCGAACAGCCGUCUGUUCCAACAGCAAAUUACAUUGCUGAUGCGUUAUUCCGAAAGUUUAAAAGUUCCGGCGUGCAACUGAUAAAAGACAAUACAGUAGUUCCAAUUAAUGACUUAACUGGUAUGUUGUCGUCAUCAUCCACACAACCAGAAAAUUCAACAAAUAAUGACUCUCAGGGACAAAUGUUAGCUGUCUUCCAACCGCCAUUGUCUUCAGAUCCUAAUAUUAACACGUCUUCUGAUGGUGAGCUGUUAAACUCUAACUCGUAUGACGAGAAUCCUUAUGCUUGUGACAUGUUGAGACAUUCAAUACCUUUAGACUAUCAUGUCAGCAGUAAGGUUAAAUCUGAUGUUUGGUGUAUUAAUUAUGUAAAUUUUGCUUUAUUAUUACCUUCUAACAUUGAUGAUACAUGUAAUGAAUCAACAUUAUUUGAGAAUUUGAAUAUAACAAUUUCAAAUAGGAAGUCUAACAAAGAGCUUUUGUCCAUUCACCAAUGGACAAAUGCUUUUGACAUAUUUAUGUCUAUAUAUCUUGAAAAGAAUUUGAGGUCGGCUAGAGCAUUGAUUAAAUAUGGUUUUAAUGUACGGUCAUUAUGCAAGUCCUUGGGUUUCCAAGCCGCUAAAGUAUAUGAUGAGAAAUUUAGAAAGAUAAGAAAAAUUUUAGGGUUACAAUGGGAUCAAAUCAAUGAUGAACUUUGGCGAUCUGCUGCUUUAUAUGAAAGACAAUCUGAUUUUUCAGGUCAAAAUAAGAAGUUGUAUGCUAAAACCUCAAACUCAGACCCAAAUUCUUUUCAAAGGAGGGCCCAGCAUCAGUAUCAAUUCCCAAAUGGCUAUUGCUGGGCCUUCUGUAAAUCAGGGGAAUGCACAUCAAAGUUUUGUAAACUCAAAAACCAAUGUGUACACUGCAGCAAGAAACACUGUACCCUUACAUGUCCAGAGCAAAAAGGAAAACAGGCAAACUUUGUCAAAACUUCCAACACCAAUAAAGGAUUGGAGAUUGCAGUUAAAACUGAGUCUGAAAUCUAUAGAGUAAUUCAAAGGGAAGAUAUAAAGUUUGAAAGAGUAAAUGGUCAUGUGAGCAAUAUGACAAUUACUAUGAAGUUCUACAAACAUAGUAAUCUACAGAAUAAGACAUUAUCAAUAGCUAGACGUCCUGAAAAUUAUCUAUGUCCUGAUAAAGCUAUUGAGGAAUAUCUAAGGCUUGAUGUUAAACAUCUGAUUGAAAUGGAUGGUGAUAUCACCAAAACAGCUGAUAAAGAAGGACGAACGCCGUUGUAUUUGUCAUGUUUUAGUGGUAACAUGGACAUAGUAAACUUACUAAUAGUUAACGGGUGCGAUGUUACUCAAGCUAACAAUAACGACAAGACACAUCUAAUGGCAGUAUGUGACCAAGGACAUCCCUCUACUGCAACAUUUCUAAUUGAGAAAGGUGCUCAUAUAAACAUUGCCGGUCAUAAAGGUCGAACGCCAUUCUACUGGUCUUGUACUGGCGGUAAUACAGACAUGGCAAACUUACUGAUAGACAAUGGAUGUGAUUUCAAUCAAUGUGACAAAAAAGGAACAACAUCUUUCAUGGAGGCUUGUGCUCAAGGACACCUGUCAAUAGUGGAAAGUCUUAUAAAAAAGGAUAUUAACAUUUACAUUACCAAUAAAGCCGGACAAACAUCAUUUCAUUUUGCGUGUUUCUUUGGUAAAAUUGAUAUAGUUAAAAAAUUAAUUGAUAAGCAAUGUAAUACAUACAUGAUCGAUAAAGCGGACAUUUAUGGUAACACAGCUCUUAUAGGUGCAUGUAGUAAAGGACAUUUCUCUACAGCAAAACUUCUUAUUGAGAAUGGUACUGACAUAUUUCUUAGCGAUAAUAAUGGAAAAACGCCUUACAUUGGUCAUGUGUAGCUAAACACAUUGAGAUAGUACAUUUAUUGUAAGGGAAUGGAUGUGAUAAACAUUAUCAUAAUCAGGAGGGUCACCUAUCAAUAGUCAAACUCUUAAUCGAAAGUGAAGUUGAUUUUCAAAGGCGAAAUGAUAGGUGUCAAAAUGCUCUUAUAAUAGCUUCAGAUAACAAACGUGAUGAAAUAGUAAAAUUUCUUAAAUCCAAUUCUGUUUUUUUGAAUGUUUGAUAUAACAACUAUUAACAUAUUAAUGUUAUAGAAACAUAUUGCGUCAUUUCCCUACAUGAUGACAAUUUUUUUCACUUUUUAUAUCUCAAUAAAAAAUGUAGAUAGAAUUUCGUGGUUGAUAAAUAAUCUUGUCAUAGUCUAUAGAAUGAAAGGUAAAUUCUAAAAA